AAUGAAAGCAUCCUAUGAAAAUAUUCCUACAGAUACCUUAAUAUAAUUAAUUAAUUCCUCUUAUGAACUAGAUCAAAUGACAAAUAAAUGGAUGUUUGGGGAAGAAGAUCAUCAUUUAGUUUCUUCUCCUCAUAAUGAUUAAAUAAGAAAAUCUAGACUCUAAGGCAAACAUAAUGAAUAAAUCAUAAUGAAUAAUUAAGACUUAUUUAAUGUGAAUUAUUCAAAAAGUGUUUAUGUGAAUAAAAUAAACUCACUCAUUGAAAUAGCUCCCACUCCUUAGGAAUCAUCUUUUGCCAUUAAAAAAGAGUAAUAUAAAAUAAUAUAUAAAAUAGUUAAAAGGCAUAUAUUAAAGCAAAGAAAUUAUUUGAAAAAGAUAAUGGAUACUAUCAAAAAGAAUAAGAUUUGGAUGACAGUAAUAAAAUAAAAUUGGCAAAGAAUAGACAAUCUGCAAGGGAUUCGAGAAAGCGUAAGAAAAUAUACGUAGAACUUCUUGAGAUGAAAGUAGCUGAACUUAGUAAACAAAUAGAAGUUCUUCAAAAAAACCUUGAUUAACAGAGUUUAUUUAUAAAUCAUUGUGUCAAAAUACCCUCUCUAGUAAAUAAAUUAUCUAUAUGAUUAGAUAUCAGAUUUUAAUUUGAGUUAUUAAAAUUAAUUCUAAAAUUUAAGUAAGAACAUCACAAAAAGGCAAUUGUAAAUUUUGGAUGAAGAAUUUGGAGUGAAUUCAGAGAAGAGAGAUUAUUUAUGUAAUGUCAUUUUCAAUACUCUGGUUGAUCAUAUUUUACCAUUUGAUUUAAAAAAAACAAUAGAUGCAGCUAUAAAUAGUAUUUAUUUUAUAAUCAAUUAGAUCUUGGUAUAUUCAAGGUAGGAGAAUAAUAAGAAAUUAAAUAACUAAUUGAAUUCUAGCAAUAGUUUACCUAACAUUAUAAGAAAUUUGAAUUGUAAUUAUUUUUACAUUAUUUAAAUAAUAGAGCUGCAUAUGAUAUGGCUAAGUCAUAUGAAUAUAUUAAGAGAGAAGCAGAAGGACUUGAAAAGCUAAAACUUUAAUUGAUAUAACUUUUGGGUCCUUAAAAAUACGUCAAAAAUAUACUUGAUAUUUAAUAACUUUAACAAUAAAUUAUAGUUAAAGAAGAAGAUAUCAAUUAGAAAGGUCAUACCAAAUUUGAAUUAUGAG